AUGUCCAAGAGAGCCAAUCAAAAAUUUAAAGGCGCAGCUAGUUCAAUUAGAGAUGGUAUUGGAGUAUACUUUGGAGUGUUGAAUGAGAAUGAGAAUCAAGAUCCAACACAGAGGAAUAAUAAUACAAAUAGAGAGGAGCCUUAUUGGAUGAAUGAAGGCUUCUGGGAGAGAUCAGCAAAUAGGCGACCACCGAAUGAUGUAGAAAUGUCACCUUUACCCGACAACCAUCCACCUCCACCUUCAUACGAAUCACAUCUCAACAACACCAACAAUAGUAUAACACCUGGCGGUGGUGGACAAUAUCAACAACCACUUAGUCCACCAGGUUCACAUCUUCCAAUUGAUGUCGACCCUGCCAUGGUACAGUUCUACCCACCAGAGAUGGUUGAUCCUGAUGUGGACCGUGGUCGCCCUCGUGGCCGUGGACGCGGACGUGCUGGACAUCCAUCGAGGAUGCAACAUGGAGCUGAAGACAAGUCGACAUCGCCUCAGGUGGCACUGGGCCCAAUGGAUCCUUCACCCAAGGCCGGAAGACGUCCGGCGCCACCAAAUCAAGGAGUGAACGCGGUCAAUUUCAAAGAGUCAGAGAUGUUAGCACCUCCUCCUCCUCAGAAAUACUAUCCAUACUUUACUAUAAUGGUCAGUCUCGUCGAUGUGGCAGUACUGGUAUGGGAGAUCAUAUUGAACAAAGGUUUCGAGUCGUGGAAGGUCAACCCAUGGUUCGGCCCAUCGAUCACGACCCUCCUGGAUGCAGGCGCAAAGUACACAACUGCAAUACUGGCUGGCGAAUGGUGGCGCUUCUUUUCACCGAUAUUCCUACACGUUGGAAUAUUCCAUCUGCUCAUGAACAUGUUGACACAGGUCAAGAUUGGAAUGCAACUCGAACGAACAUAUGGAGCACACCGCAUCUUCCCAAUAUAUAUCCUCUGUGGAGUGAUGGGUAAUCUAUGCUCGGCAAUAUUCCUUCCAAACUCUGUUCAAGCUGGAGCAUCUGGUGCAAUCUUUGGAUUCCUUGGAGUACUCCUCACCGAUCUGAUACGUAACUGGGGUCAGCUUGCGAGUCCUUACAUGAACUGCUGUACACUGGUAUUCACCAUCGUCUUGUCAUUCGCAGUUGGAUUGUUCUUACCUGGUGUGGAUAACUUUGCACAUCUUGGAGGUUUCAUCAUGGGUGUGUUGUCCAGUCUGAUCUUCCUGCCAAACCUCACGACCAGGAAGGCAACUGGCAAGAGGAUAUGCCAACUUGUGGUGGCUAUUCCCCUCACUGGCGGCAUACUCUUUGCCCUAUUCUUCCUCUUCUACCGAAACAUCCAAGCGUCCACAUGGUGUCCCAUCUGUAAAUACAUCACAUGCCUUCAAUUCCUCAGUUGGUGCAAGGCAAGUGGU